AUGAAAUUAAUUUGCCUGCUUAUUUCAAUUACUUUUGCUACAAUAUCUUUACCUUUAGUAUCAAAAAAUAGCCCUCAGCGAAAGUUUAUUAAGCAUGACAUUGGAAAUUCUUCGUCAUCUUUUCGAGAACUUUUUUCGUAUACAGCAAUAAGAAAUUAUGAUGACGUAAGUGAUAAGUAGUAUGAGUAUUAUAUACAAGCUAAUAUAGGUACUCCACCUCAGACAUUUAACUUCCUUGUUUCAACAGGAAGUGCUUGAAUUUGGCUUGAUAAAAAAAAUUGUAAGACUUGCCGCUCUGAGAGCAACAAGUUUGACCCAGACGCAUCUUCAAGUUUGAGUUCUACCAGUAAAUAUCAACAAAUAACUUAUUUAGGCCAAGUAAGAGGUUACCAAGACACUGAAACAAUAAGUAUUGGGAAUGACACCUCGCUAAAAGUGGUAUCGCAAACUUUUGUUUUAGUUGAUUAUGAGUGGGGAACACAAGGUUUUUUUGCUGAUGGAAUUAUUGGCUUUGGUUUUGACGCACUAGCCUCUAAUACUCAAUCAUUAAUGACUUCUUUAAAAAGUCAAGGGAAAAUCAAUAAAAAACAGUUUUCAGUUUAUUUAAACUAUACAAACCGUCCUUCUGAUGUCCCAGAUUUGGGUUCUUCUAUGCUUAUGAUCGACGGAUACAACUUAUCUAAAUAUUCAGCCGAAACUGAUUUUACUUAUAUAAAUUUAGCGAAUUCUAAAGGAUUUUGGGAAAUUAGUUGUGAUUUUGUACAAUUUGAUAAUGUAAAAUAUACUGCUGGGCUAACAGCUAUUAUAGAUACUGGACUUUAUUAUAUUCAAGGACCAAAAAAUGAUGUGAUAAGUAUAAUAAGAAAAUUAAUAAACAAUUAUGGAUGUACAGCUGAUAGUGAUGGGUAUCCUUAUUGCAAUUGUGGAAAUAGUUACCCAAGCUUGACCUAUCAAUUAGGAGGCUAUCAGUUUACAAUCCAAUCAAUUGAUUAUUUUGACGAAUAUGAAGGAUUGUGCUACCUUCAAUUUGGGUACUCAAAUGGAAACUAUUGGGCUUUAGGUGAUGCUUUUUUGAGACGGUUUUAUACUAACUUUGAUAUGGAUGGGAUGAGAAUUGGUUUUGCCAAGAUUGGCUUGAGCUCACCAAGUAAUAGCAGUUCAAACAGCACAACUCAGACUAAUGAUAAUUCAAAUUCUACAAAUUCCAAUAGUAAUAGCUCCCAAAAUAGUAGCACAAAUAGCAAUAGUAACCAAAAUAAUAAUCAAACAUCCACCAAUUCAACAGAAACUUCCAAUAAUAAUGCUUCCUCAUCUUCAAACUCUUCUGAAACCGGAAAUACCACAUCUUCAAGCAAUGCCACUAACUCAUCACCAGAUGGGGGAGCUAAUCCUUAUGGCUCUAGUAGCAAUAACCAAACUGGAAGCACUUUCAGAAAUUAUAAUUCUCAAGGAAACUCAGAUGAUUCUGAAGGUCUAGCUAACUGAGAAUUAGUUUUAAUAAUUGUUAUCCCCACAAUUGUUAUAGCUGUUAUCUUUUCUAUUAUUACAGCUAUAUUUUGUUAUAAGAUGAAGAAGUUGAGAGCCAGAAGAUAUGGAGCCAGAAAUGAAAACAAUAAUCAAAGAAGUUUCUCUGUCGAUAUUUAA